AUGACUGGAGGCAAAUCCGGAGGAAAGGCCAGCGGCUCCAAGAACGCGCAAUCCCGAUCAUCCAAGGCUGGUCUCGCAUUCCCAGUCGGUCGUGUCCACCGUCUGCUCCGAAAGGGUAACUACGCACAACGUGUCGGUGCUGGUGCCCCUGUCUACCUCGCUGCCGUUCUCGAGUACCUGGCGGCUGAGAUCCUUGAGUUGGCCGGCAACGCCGCCCGUGACAACAAGAAGACCCGUAUCAUCCCCCGUCAUCUCCAACUCGCCAUCCGAAACGAUGAGGAAUUGAACAAGCUCCUUGGACAUGUCACAAUCGCACAAGGUGGUGUCCUGCCCAACAUCCACCAAAACCUCUUGCCAAAGAAGACGACCAAGGGUGGAAAGAACGCUGGCAGCCAAGAGCUAUAG